CACACAUAUCGUCUUCACACACAGCUUGACAGCCACACAAAGUUGUUUAUCAACGUCAAAAUUAUCAGCCAGUGGUCUUACAUCGUUACCUUAUACAUUUAUUUUUAUUUUUUUUCCAAAUAAAAGACAAAAAAAAAAGCGAAAAAUUAACGAAAUCAGAAGAAAAAGGUCGAGUAAAACGGCCAGGAAAAUGUGUGGUGGAUUUACCUGCUCAAAAAAUGCAUUGACAGCAUUAAAUGUCCUCUACAUUGUCGUCGCUUUUAUAUUAAUUGGAGUUGCUGUUUAUGGAAGGGCAUCAGCAAUUGUUACAAAUUUACCAAUAAUUGGUGGUAUACUUGCUUGUGGUGUUGUAUUAAUUCUCAUAUCUGUUUUGGGAUUAAUUGGAGCUGUUAAACAUCAUCAAGUCUUGCUAUUUUUUUAUAUGCUGGUUCUUUUUUUGUUAUUCCUCGUUCAAUUUAGCAUUGCAUGUGCUUGUCUUGCUGUCAAUGAAAAACAACAAGAACAAUUAGCUGAACAGGGAUGGAAACGUGUUGGACCUGCUAUUAAAGCUGAAGUACAAACAACAUUUAUGUGUUGUGGAUUUAAUGACACAACUGUACCAAUGCCACCUGUUAUGGAUCAUCCAUCUUGCGAUAUUGUUAAUAUAAAAUGCUGCAGUGAUCCAAGAAAUGAUGCUUGUUUAAAUGGUGUUUGUAAACCAUGCAUGAAAAAACUUCAAUCAACAAUUAAUGAUGCAUUUAAAUUGUGUGGUGGUAUUGGAUUAUUUUUUAGCUUUACUGAGUUUGUUGGUGUAUGGUUGACGGUACGAUACAGGAACCAGAAAGAUCCAAGAGCUAAUCCUAGUGCUUUUCUCUAGUCUAACAUCAUCACCAUGUCAUCACCUCUAAGUAGAUGGUGAUUGCAGCAUUUUUGGCAAGACAUUAUCGAAAUCAAAUGGACCCUGAAAAAUUGGCAGAAAGGGCCAUGUUUCCACGUCGAAAUUAUGUCUAUUAAAUAUUUAAUUUUCAUAAAAAAAAAUACGUAAUAAUGCUUAACUCAUAAUUUAAUAAAAAAUAUAUUAU